GAGUGCGUAUGCUGGACGGCGAGGUGACAGACGUGGUGGAGGCCCAGUCUCUCAGUCUGAACCCACAGCACAUCCACAUCUACAGUGCCAGCUGGGGCCCUGAGGAUGAUGGGAAGACGGUGGAUGGACCUGCCAAGCUAGCCAAGGAAGCCUUUCUGCGCGGCGUGACCGAGGUUUGUCUAUAAAUAUCUGUGUGUUCUGGGCCUCAGUUGUGUGCCGUGUUGCCCCCAUUUCAAUGCCUCCCUCAUGCAUCAAUAGUUUGUGUGCGACUUCCUCUACACACAGGCAGUAAUUAUGAAUUGAACUAUUCAACCAUUGAAGGACAAAGGUGGCUUGAACAACGCAAGCACACUUUAUGACCCUGACGAUUAUGAAUGGGGGAAUUUGAUUUAGUCGCUGUGGAAAUAUCGGGCUUUCUAAACACUCUAAGGAUAAACAAUAAAGGCCUGAACAAAUACUAUAGGAAAAAGAAUCCUCAAUACAAAGCACCAAAAAGAUUGUACAUUCAUAAUAAUAAUUUCCCUUCACAUAACUACAGUACCACAAUUGUAGAAGUUAUUUCAGAAUCUGAGUGGGAGCUAUUGAGAGGGGUAAUGCUGACAUCUGGGUGAUAUUUGUGUUAUGAGAAUAUCUCAUUAAAAAGCCAUUGAGCUCAGGUCACGUGCAGAUUUUCUUCUGCAUGUGAAAUGCUAACAGAUGUAAAUAGUUAAUGGGGCUUUAAUGUUAGUGUGGCAGGAUUCAGAGAGAACGAAGUCUUAGUUCCAGCUCCUCUGUCUCGCAUGGACUUCCGGGCACAGCAGAGCGUUGGCAUACUGCCAACCCUGAGACAGUGACAUACUGCCAGCCCUGAGACAUUACCGCUCACUGUGGACCACUCACUGUGGUGUGUGUGUGUGAGAGAAAGAGCGUGUGUGUGUGAGAGAGAAAAGAGUGUGUGUGUGUGAGAGAGAAAGAGCGUGUGUGUGUGAGAGAGAAAGAGCGUGUGUGUGUGAGAGGGAGAGCGUGUGUGUGAGAGAGCGUGUGUGUGUGUGUGUGUGUGUGUGUGAGAGAGAGAGUGUGUGUGUGUGUGAGAGAGUGUGUGUGUGUGUGUGUGUGUGUGUGUGUGUGAGAGAGUGUGUGUGUGUGUGAGAGAGCGUGUGUGUGUGAGUGAUUGAGGUGAGUGAGUGAGUGAGCGUAAGCGGUGCAAUGCUAAUUAGGCAUUUUGAUAACUACUUAAAGAGCAGGAUGGGGAACUGACCUGGUCUUUAGUGUCAAUAUGAAACAGUAGCUGCUUUGCUGAAGGCUGUCUUUAAUGGGCUUCUUACUGUAUACAGCCUCCACCAAACAAACAUGUGAUUACCAACGCUUUCAGGCCAUACUAUAUUCUCUAUUCAAUUCAAUCUUAUAGCUACUGUAGGCUGUGGGGUAUUUGAAUUCUUUAUAUCCAGUAUGAAAUUCCUGAGUAUAGUAAGCACUCUAGUUCUAGUUCCUCCUAUAGAGCCCAGCCAGUGUAGUGAGUGCCUGAGAGGGCAGUGUAGACUGUUAACCCAGUCUGGAUGUCGUAACCAUGAUUGGUAUGUAAUUACUCAUGUUCCUGAUAUCAGCUUUUGUUCAAUCAUAGUCUUUGUAUGUGUGGGAGUCCAGGGAGUGUAGCAGGUGUGUACAGUGCAUGACUGAGUGGAGGGAACAGUAAGCAUGAAGACUGCAGACGUAUUGGGGCCAUAUGCCAGGCUCUCUGUAGUGUACACAUGGGAGCCUGCAUCCAUCUGAUCCCAGCUCUAAGGGUAAGGGGGUGUGAGCGAGCCAGUCAUAAAGCAUAGAGCCAAGCCACAGAGAGCCAGGGCCAACGGGCCAUUCAGACAAAGAACCAUCAGACCUUAUUGGGCAAACCGCAUCAGAGGGUCGUUACUGGUGCCCUGUCUGCCUCCCUUUAUUACAGGCCUGUCAAAUAAAAAGCAUAUGGGCAUGUAAACACAUACUAUUCUAUAGGGAGCCAUUGCAUCAUCAGUAGCUCCAGUCUCUGUCGGUUACACUGCUCUGGAUGGUUGCGUGUGAUGAUCAAUGGGGAGAGGUUGCACCACCCAGCACAGUAGAGCAUUUUGUGGGACCGUGAUAUUUAUUCAUUGUGAAUGCUGAAUAGCGCAGAUGAUUUAUUGCUCCAGGUUUGUUGACGUACAGUCCCUGUUGUCUUGUAUUGCUGCCGUGGUACAUUAAAGCUCUUUGGAUUCAAAGCGUCUGAGUGAUCACACGGUCCUGUGCUGUCUGGAUGAGCUGUGGCAGGCCUUUCAGAGAUGGACCCUGUAAUGAGUUGUGCUGUAGUAUCAAUGGGAAUCUCAUUUAGAUUGAAGGACACUCGGUGAUCCCCUCUUUCAUUAGCUGUGCCAUACCAAGAUACACAUGCAUCUGGUCAUGUACGUCUGAAAGGCCUGUCUAGAAGCCUUGUGGUUGUCUAGGUUUGUUAUUGACUGUUCUGUCUGUCUGACUGUCUCCCUCUCCCUCCUCUAGGGUCGUGGGGGCCUGGGCUCCAUCUUUGUGUGGGCAUCAGGGAACGGCGGACGUGAGAAGGACAGCUGUAACUGUGACGGCUACACCAACAGCAUCUACACCCUGUCCAUCAGCAGCUCCACCCAGAACGGCAACGUGCCCUGGUACAGCGAGGCCUGCUCCUCCACCCUCGCUACAACCUACAGCUCUGGCAACCUCAAUGAGAAACAGAUAGUGAGUUCAGUAGACACACACACACACACACACACACACACUUACAGUGGCAAAUGGAGUGGGAAACGGAUUGUGAUUAAUAAACAUACUGAAUGUACACGCACUCACUCCCAUUGUGAGAGCCAUGAGGAGAAUGGGUAGAAUUCAUCUGUACAGUCUGAAAAUGGGCAUGUCAGAAAGCAGAACAUUAAACUGAGUGUUGGUGUGCAUGCAGGGUGGAAGAGUGUGUGAGUAGGGGCUCCUGUGUCUUGUGCUCUGUGGUUCCAGGGCAUCAGUGGUUAUAUGUUGCUAACUGCAAUGUGAGAUCACACAGCUUCCACUAAGCUUUGAAGAGGAGGAAGUCUAUUUUACAGCAUAUUAGUCAGGGGAAUGGUGUGUGUGCUUCAGUGAGAUGUAUGGAUGGAAACGUUUGAUGUAUAGCCAGGGAGUUAAUGUAUAGAAGCAGGUUGACUUGGCUCCUGGGAGCCAUAGAGUAUCUCAGAUGGUUGAAUCCGGAGCCAAAGCACUAGUCCAGACUCUCUAGCUGUACUCUAGAGGUUUGAGCAUUUCUGGAUGUCCUAGUUAGCCUGUAUCCUGUUGCACUUCUUUGUCAGUUUUCCUAAUGGUUUUACUGCUCCUCCUUCCAGUCAGAUAGACUGUAAGCCAGAUGCUUACUGGACUGUUUGCUGCUUCAAGGCAGGUUGUGUGUGUGUUCACUCUGGAGGAAUGACUGAGUCAGUUCUCACUGGCCUGCCUCAGACAGCCAGAGCCUGCAGUCUUCUCACAUUGAGCAGUGACACUCUCUCUUUCUCGCUCUUUGCUCUCUUUCCAACCCGCCCUCUUGAGGCCCAUUUUGAAUUAAUAAAACGUUGAAAUCCCAUCUCCCUGUCUCGUCCUUCCACAGACAUGUCUCUCUCACUCACACUCAACACAUGGACACACACACACACAGACACAUGGACACACACACACACACAGACACAUGGACACACACACACAUGGACACACACACACACAGACACAUGGACACACACACACAGACACACGGACACACACACACAGGAGGGAGAUGGAGGAAGGAGAGCCUCUCACUAGGAGAGAUUACAGUACUGUACUGUGUAAUGGAUGUUCAUCCCAACCACUUGCCAUGAGGCAUGCUGUGCACACUCAUGAUUAAUGAAUUGGUGUGAGUGUAUGUUUCCACAUUUAUGAUUAAUCAUGUUAAGCAUGUGUUGAUACGUAAACAUCUAUCAAAGUAGAUGGGGCUGAGGAGAAUAUCUGACUUUUAUAGUGUAUAACUUACACUCCUACUGAUUGCUCCAAUAAAAUGUUAUUUAUCUGCCCAUAUAUUAGGUGUAAACAUUUCGGCCCGGAAUGGGUGUUCAGCUGAGCACCGUAUCUGACUAUGGAAAAGAUUGACUGACUCUAACUCUCUUCCUGUUCCUGUCAGGUGACCACGGACCUCAGACAGAAGUGUACUGACACCCACACGGGCACCUCUGCCUCGGCUCCACUGGCUGCUGGGAUCAUUGCCCUCGCACUGGAAGCCAAGUGAGUGACACAUGUCUGUCUGUCUCUUCCUUUGGUUGUCUCUGUUUGUCUCAAUGUCUCCUUGCUUCUUCCUCUUUUUCUCUCUCUCUCUGAUGUUUCUCUGUCUGUUUCUCUCCCUCACCCUCCUUUGUGGGUUUCUUUGUCUGUUCACAAAUAUUUUCAGUCUGAGCACACACACAGAGAUGUCUCAGAAGUACGACAAACUCUCGGGGGAAACGCAAUUGUCUUGUAAUAAUGCAUUGUGGACCAGAAUAGAUUAUUCAGUUAUCUCCUAUCAUUCUGCUAUGAACGUGCCAUCAGCUCAGUACUGUAGUCUGGUUGGGGAACGGGGCACGUGUGACCAGUAAAAACCUCUGUAGUUCCCUGUCCAUUAAAAGUGUCUGACUGUACUGCAGGGCUUUAUGACUUUCCCUUCAGUCAAAGCUGACCUUCCAGUAAAAGACUGAGCUGAUGAGGUUUAAACUCACUGUGUUGCUGGGGUACUGUAGACUAUUUGACUGUUUUACUGUAGGCUUUUACUGUUGCUCUGCUGGGUGGAACGGCAGUAACACAGGGUUUUAUACGGAGAACAGAGGAGAGUGUGUGAGAGCAGGGAACAGAGGAGAGUGUGGGAGAGCAGGGAACAGAGGAGAGAGAGUGAGAGCAAGGAUGUGACUGACAGGGAUCUCUCUGGUUUCUUUAUCUUUUCAAUGCGGCAACAUUAAGCCUGAUGUUCCAACUCUUCUAGUGCACUUGGGCAGCUAAUGCCAUUUCCUUUGCAAUCAGCCACUAUGCAUUGCGGUACAGUAGGGUAUGUUGUUGCUUGUUGUACUGUCUUCAUAAUCAAGUUAAGUGUAUUGCAGAUCUGGAAUCUUCUAUAUUGAUGAAAGGUAUGGUUGUUGUUGUUUGUGUGUGCAGUAAAAACCUGACAUGGAGGGACAUGCAGCACUUGGUCGUGAGGACCUCUCAUCCCGCCCACCUCCUCACCAACGACUGGAAUACCAAUGGGGUCGGACGAAAAGGUACAGCGAAGGGUCCCAUUAGCUGAGCUCGGCUGACCAUCAUCGCUCCCCGUGCCCUGCCAGUUGCACAAUGGAGACUGAUCUAUAUUGUAUUUACAUCAAUUGAUUUAAAGUUGCCUACAUUAAGCAAUUACAGAAAGCCGUGGCUCCAAAGUUCAGGGAGAGGUUUUACUGGGCACACAGCAGGGUACAUGCAAUAAUCUAAUAGUGAAGAGGCCCUUAUUAAGUUGGAACUGGAAUCGUGAUGAAGGAGCCUUUCAGCAGUCUGAUAUCGAUUGAUCUCUCUCUCUCUCUCUCUCUCUCUCUCUCUCUCUCUCUCUCUCUCUCUCUCUCUCAGUGAGCCACUCAUAUGGGUAUGGUCUGCUUGAUGCCAGUGCGAUCGUGGCUCUGGCUGAGAACUGGACCAACGUCGGGCCCCAGAAGAAAUGUGUGCUGUCCAUGGUGGCAGAGCCCAGGUGAGCUGCACACACACACGACAGCUCUACCAACUCUACCUGUAAUACCACUCACUGUUUGGCUGGCAGGAGCAUCAGUACUAGCUUCCUAGGGAUUACAUCGGUUUUUGGUUUAAUACAGUUAACCCACCCGGUGAUUAAAACAUAAUAAACCUCUGUGAUUCUUAUUAGAAUAGGAUGCUUCAGAUUGUGAGAGUCUGUCUCCCCCCUGGGUGGUGUCGGCUGUGGAGGUGAUGAGAGCUGCCGUGUGUGGGAUGGUUUGUGAUGGGCCGUAGGUGUGAGAGGUGCUCAUGUGUGACCAAGCUGUCAUACCCCAGUGUGACUGCACAUCAUGUUUCCAUUCUGAGCAUGGCACAGGGGGCCCAUUGAGAUGCUCUGCUGGGUUCUGAUGUGUGUGUAUGGUAGGGUGAUGAGCUUCUGAGCCUGGGGGAGCAUGUUUAAGGGAAAUAAUCACUUUACAGAUGAGUCUCUCUCUGCUUCCAUGUUCUCCACGCUUCCCUGGCUGUCUCUAAACCUCUGUCGAUCUUUUGCUCUUUCACUCUCUCGCUCCGUCUUUCUGCUCCUUUGCUCUUGCUCUCUCUCUCAUUCUCUUUCCCUCUUUCUUGUGCUCCCUGUGUAUCUCUUCCUGUCUCUCGCUCUGUAUUCCUCUCACACUUUCUCAAUAUCUCUGUAUGCCUUACUCUUUCUCUCUCAUGUCUUUAACCUUGCCUCUGCUACAUACAGUAGCUGACAGGAUCCCAGCCCUGUGUUGUAUUCUCUCUGUACUGGUCCAUAGAUCACAGCCGACCGCUGGAGCCUGUGUUAAAGGUGUUGUUAGUGGCAUGGCGUUUGUGCAGUGUGCAUUGUACAGAACAAGAGGUGUUGCUUCUGAGUGAUAACUGCUGGCUUGGUGGGGAUUUAUUUCCCCUUCACUCUCUCUGACUGCUGCGGAUUGGAUUCUAACGCCACACGUUUUAUGAGAUUUAAUUAGGAGGAAGCGGUGUGUUUUUACACCCAGUUCACCGAUUACAGCCCGUAUUUUCUAUCAGCUGGGCACCGCAGCUUUUGUAAAGCCUCAUGCCCUCCUCUCCCUCCCCAGCCCUCCUCUCCUCUGGGUUCAGUUGUUGUGGAUGUGUGUAAGCUGCUAAGCGGAUUGGAGGAGUAGAGGGAGCCUGGUACUUUUCUCCUGUAGAGGACAGGGCUGCUGCAGGACCUGAGCUGCUAAUCCUGUUUCAAGGCCGCAAACCCUGUGCCCUCAGCAGGCUCUCUCUCACACACUAGGCUCACUCUCACACACUAGUCCAGAGCGACAGUCACACACUCAUGCAGCAUCGCUCACACACUAGUCCAGAGCGACAGUCCCACUCUCAAGCAGCAUCACUCACACACUCAGAGAACCAUUGUAGUUUUGCACACAAGAGUUGCUGUCACUCCCAGCUGAGGUAUCUUUCUCACACACACCAGAAGCCACCAACAUGAAAACACAAGCCACUUCAAGCCAGUUUUGAUCUUCAAUCACUAUGCUGUCUUUGUGUAAAUGUAUGUAUUUGGUCAUAUAUGCUGAUGUGUGUUUAAUUGUGUGUCAGGAACAUUGGGAGCCACCUGCUGAUCACCAAGACAGUGGACGGCUGCGUUGGGACAGCCAACCAUGUGAGCUCCCUAGAACAUGCCCAGGCCCAGCUCACCCUCUCCUACAACCGCAGGGGCAACCUGGGCAUCUACCUGACCAGCCCACAGGGCACCCGCUCCACACUGCUCGCUCCCAGGUACACACAGACACAGACACACAGACAGUACCAGUCAAAAGUUUGGACACACCUACUCAUUCAAGGGUUUUUCUUUAUUUUUACAAUUUUUUACAUUGUAGAAUAAUAGUGAAGACAUCAAAACUUUGAAAUAACACCUAUGGAAUCAUGUAGUAACCAAAAAAAGUGUUAAACAAAUCUAAAUAUAUUUUAUAUUUGAGAUCCUUCAAAUAGCCACCCUUUGCCUUGAUGACAGCUUUGCAUUCUCUCAACCAGCUUCAUGAGGUAGUCACCUGGAAUGCAAACUUUUGACUGCUAGUGUACAUACACACACAGUGUAAUACAUACCUCCUGUCUCUCCCCUCUCCAGGCCUCAUGACUACUCGUCAGAGGGCUUUAAUGACUGGGCCUUCAUGACCACACACUCCUGGGACGAGGACCCCCGGGGGGAGUGGACCCUGGAGAUAGUAAACAUAGCUGGGGCCAGCGACUAUGGUAAGACACCUCUCUUUUACUACCUUAACAUUUGCUAUUGUUAAGUCUGGAACAUUGGCUGGGAGCUCGGAGACAGAAAGACAGAGUGACAGGGUUUCUGUUAGUGCAGCCAUGUCUGACUAGCAGUGUCACUGAAAGAAUGUGUGUGUGUGUGACAGCAUGCAUACUUGGGAUUUGUAUUUGUCUGUGCAUCAUAUGUGUUGAUUCAUUGAUGUACUGCGUGUGUGAGAGAGAAUGCAUGCAUAUGAAGUAUGUGCUUGAUUUAUGUGUUAAAUGGAUUUGAGUAUUUCAUAAUGUGUGUCAGUGCAUGUGUGCAUGUACGUCAUUCAUGUGUUGAUGAUUUUGUGUGUGAGAUCCUUCUAUACCGCUAUCAGGGAGUGUGUUAUGCGCGGGCAGCAGUGUCUGUGCCCGGAGAGCCUCCUUUUGAUCCAUUUUAUACAAGCUGUCAGGCAGUCUGUCUUUAGCUCCACACACACCCACCUCUAAAUCAGCUUCAUUAAACCAGCGAGAGUAAAUCAAGCAGGGGAGUGAAGGGCCCUGCUGUCUGGCCCAGGCUAACCCAGGCCGAUCCAGAAUAACUAUGACCUAAGGCCCAUCCAGGACACACUACUCUCAGACAAUCUUUUUGGGUUCAUUUGUAAUUUUCUCUCGGUUGCUCUCUUUCGUUUUGUUUUCUCUCUGUCUCUCUCUCUCUUUCUCGAUCUCCCUCCCUCUCUCUGGCUGUAGAUCUCUAAGCCCCCUCCCCCUUCUGUGAUUUAGGAAGUUGGACCCUCUCAAAAGGCCCCUCAUAUAAAUGGCUCUCCCGGGAAGUGUUGUUCUGAACUAACGGGUCUAUAGAGAAACACCAGAAUAUAUGAUUAUACAUUUAAUGCUUUACUUCUAGGAAUCUAGAAUAUAAAUGGAGCAGGAUAGAAGCUGCAAUUACAGAACCCACCCUGAAGAGUGCCAAAGCAUUGCUGGUGUAGACUGUGGCUUGGAAAUCUGUGCUCUUGUUGCUUAUGUGUCACUCUCUCACUCUCUCCCUCCCUCUCUCUAGGCACUCUGACUCAGUUCACCCUGGCGCUGUAUGGUACAGGCUCAGACUCUCCCAGCUCCACAGCCAAGGACCUCUCUCAGUCCAGUAAUGGCAGCUGUAAGACUUUUGACCUACAGCAGAUCUGCAUUGGUAAGAAUGUUACUGUUGGUUACCAUUGGUUACUGUAAGAGAAUGUAGAUUCUGUGCCUAGGGUUAGGCAGCCAGGAUCGUGGAGAGCUGUGGUGUGCCCAGGCUUUUGUUCCUGCACAGCACAAACGCACCUAAUUCAAUCCAUCAUGGUCUAAUGGAUCAAAAGUCUACCACACUGUGGCUCUGCAGGCUUAAGUUUCCUACCCCUACCCUAAGCCUAAACCAUUUAUUGAACAGGUACAUUUACUCUACACACUGUACAGGUAAGACCGGAGAGAUGAAACACUGGCUCUCCUAUCAAAAGUGAAUGGCUUGUAUAGGUUAAACCCUAGAACAGGAGUCUCCAACCAGUAGCUCGCAGCCCACCUAUGAUAAGCUCGCCAAUUAAUUCUGUGUGUUCAUGUGUUCCAUCGCAAAAUGUCAUAAACAUAAAGCUCCUGGCUACAAUUCCAAUCAAAGACGCAUUGACAUUAUCCCACCCCUGGUUAGCCACUGUUGACUUAAAAAGCCAAACGUAACACAAUAUCUGGCAAUUCAUUUCCAGCAAUAUUGCCUUUUGUUUGGUGUGCGUGUUUGUCUAUCAGUCCGUAUGUAGCCAGAUAGCGAUGCUAAUGAUAACUGGUGUCUUGUGGGCAGACAGAAGGACUUUCCCCAUAAACCUUCUCAAUUAAAUGUGAACAAAGUAGGCUUACCUGACAGGAAUAGGCUAUAUCAUGAUUAUUUGUAUCAAUUGGGUGGCCAUUGCUUUGCAAACUCUGCCAUGACAUGUUCUGUAGCAGUAGGUCUAAUAGCAGAAGCAUCGCUAGACUGACACAUUCCUCUCUUGCUAGAUGCACAAUUAAAUGUUAUUUUCUUUCCAGACCUCAAAAAUGGUCUUCUGAUGUGGUUUAAGCAUUAACGUGGACUCAGAACAUCCAUUUUCGUUGUUUCUCUAUGAUUAAUUGUUAUAUUGAGAGUAAAAAAUAAAAUUAAACUGAGAGAACUGAAUUCGGAAAAUUCAAAAUAUUAUUUGUCAUGCCAAAUACUGUUUAUUAACCAUUAUAUUACCAGGUAUAUUGACAGAAAGCACAUAUCUUGUUCACCAAGGACCCGUGGAAGAGUUGCAGGGUAGAGCAGAUGAAAAUAAUGUGCCUAUAUAAAAGCGCUUAUGCUAGAGAUUGGAGACCACUGCCCUAAAAUAAGACUGGGAGAGACAGGAACAGUCUGACCCCUGCAGGAUCCCCUGGGUAUCACAAUUAAUUUAACACUCGUGUUGGUAUACUGUAUCAGAUAGUGGCGUAAUGGCAUAGAUGUGGGUUGUGAAGCAUGAACUCUGGAUGGUUGAGUUUGUUGAUCAGCUCGUCCUCAGAGACAUCUACUGAGAUAUUGAGUUAACAUUUGUGUUACAUUCGAGCAGAAGUUUGAGGUUUGAGAAGAGUCUCUCUGGGAUUUGCCUUGUUUAGGAUGCCCUGUUAAAUGCUGUGAUCAGGGCCGGCCCGCCAUUAGGCAGGAUUAGGCCGCUGCAGAUUGGCGAGGGUGGGAUUUUCUGAGCUAAACUGACCAAUAUGCACCUCCAACAACCACAACACAUAAUUCUGGUCAAAACAAUGACAAUUUCUCUCAACCAGUGAUAUAUGGGCUUUUUAAGUGAGCGCUGAUGAUAAGCAGUGCCCAUUUUGUCAAAGGCAGGGGCACAAAAUAUGUUGCUUGUCCAUUCCCAGCCACUCUCCAGGGUGCUCUCGGAGACGCACAUCGCUGCGGUGCUCCACCAACGUUCUGUCAAAAAUCAUCUAACAUAAAUCAUUUAGCAGAUAUAGCCUAUGGUAGAAAGAGUAUGUGGCCUUUUCUGUUGCCUACAGGCUGGAGAUGUAUGACAAUGUAAUGAGAUGGACACUUUUUACAUCAUGCACUAUUCUCUGAUCAAAUAGCCUAACCUAAAUGGCGCCCAAUCAAAUAAAAAAACUGCGCUAACAUGUUAACCAACACCAUAUCCUAAAAACAGGACAGGUCAAAAACAAAAUGACAUGAUGGAAUGGACAAUCAGACUACUGACAACUGUUGUCCAGGAGUUUUACCCCAUGGGCUAAAUUGUCAUGAUCAUUGGUUUCAAGUUUGUAUCCGUACAUUUUUAAUUCUGCAUUUCCCGCUGUGUAAACACAUUGAUUCUCAUUGCAAAUAGGCUCAGGAUAACUCCUGGUAAAGUUGGGUAGCUGAUAUUUCUGUGAUUAGUCACAGGAAUCAGGACUAAUAAAGCCAAUGCAACUGCCUGUUUUACAAACAGUAGGCCUACCAAAUGGAUGGGCAGUCAUACAAUUCCAUUGCAGGCCAACACUGUAGGCUACACCCCAGUCAGCACUGACUGACUGCGACAUCUUUUAGGUGUCUUUUUUUGGUCCUGUCCGGACCACCUUCUUUUUUUGGUGCAGUCCGGACCAGCCUUGAUUUGCAUGACCACGGAUGUAGAUUCUUGGUCCGGUCCGGACCAAAUCAGAUUUUUUGGGGGUCUCGUCUUGGGCAGCAGAAUGGCCAGGACCGGGCCUGGCUGUGAUCAACACAUUCAGCCAGUUGGCAAAUGACAUUUGUGUUGGAAUUUCGUCCCUACUGCGCCCUCUUCCCCCUUUCCUCUUGCCUCUGUCAUCAACCCCUUCUCCCUCAACACUCUGUCACUACUCCCACCCUCUUCCUCUCUCUUCCUUCCUCUCCUUCCUCUGUCCUCCUCUUUUCCUGCUGUCCCCUUUCAUUUGAUCCUCCCUCUCUCCCACCCACUUCAACAGGGAUAGAAUGACAACUGAUUAUGAACCACGUAAUUAGAUUGGGGUAAUGCUCUGUCUGACCGUGUAGGCUGGGGGGGGGGGGGGAUGGGCCUUGGGUGGAUGUGGAGUGGGCUGCAGGGGUGGGGGGGGAGAGAGUGUGGAGCCUCAGUAGCUGUGUGUGUGAGAUUAGCUUCCCAAAUCAUUGGGGGAGAUAAGGAGUUACAGGGUGCUGCUACUGAAACUACUGUGGUGAUAACACACAGACACUAAUGCCACUGCCAAACUGUCCACGAGGAUGUGCAGACUUAGUACAGAUAAAUGCUUCAGAGCUUAUUAGAAAGUCCAUAUAUUUGUGAUAUUAUUUCCAACUGGGUUGGCAAAGCACGGCUCCGGAAAUAGAUAUGCUACAGUGCAUUUCUCCUCAGAUAGAUGAGGGAUUUACACAUGCUGCAUUUGUCUCGGCACACAAUCUGCACAGCUCAUCAACACAUUCACGGCUGGAAACUGUUGAUUCUAGCAGAAGCAGAAGCUACAUGAACAUUAUGCAGCUUAAGUUGAGUGAACUUUCACAGGCUCAUGAUUAUAAUGCCCCAGAAUGAUGAGGCAAUGCGUAAUGUGCUGCAUGAUCGUCUUGAGGCGAUGCGUAAUGUGCUGCAUGAUCGUCAUGGCAGACUAUUCAAAUACAGUUAACAUAUUUUAAGGUUUGUGUGAACUAAAUCCAUUUAUUAGCGGUGACUGUGCACUAACCAUGUUAAAUGAAGAAUUUGGACACCAGCAGUACUAAAACAUGUCUCCAUAUCUCCUCUCUUGUCUCCCUGUAUGCAGAGUGCAAUGGUGGCUACUACCUCUUCCAGCAGGGCUGUGUGAGGGACUGUCCAGCAGGCUACACUGCAGGCUCCCAGCUCCUAAAUUACACCAUGGGGAACUUUGUGGAUCCAGCCUCCGUCCCCUCCUGCCUGCCCUGCCGACCCCCCUGCCUCACCUGCAGCGGCCUCAGCCCCAGCGCCUGCCUCUCCUGCCCCCCUCACAGCCACCUGGACCCUGUGUCCAGCACCUGCCUGCACCUCAACCAGAUCCAGAGGGAGUCCCCCGGCAACUUCAUGGUGGGCCAGGGCAACGCCGGUCCCCGCACAGAACUCAGCUCCCACCUGCCCGUCACCAUCGCUGUGCUCAGCUGCAUGGUCAUCAUGGCCACCUUCGCUGGGGUGUUCGUUCUGCUGCAGCUGAGAUCUGGAGUCCUGGCCAAACUGCCCUCACUGGAGGAGGCAGGCUCAGGCCUGAGGGGGGGCUUCGGCCUGGGUGGCAGCAGCAAAAUGGUUUCGUACCGCGGUAUCCCUACAGUUUGGGGCGACGAGGGGGUGAACACUGACUCUGACAACGAUGAGUUUGACGUCCACAAUGAGAAGACUGCCUUUAUCAAAACACAA